AUGGGCCAAACGGGUUACAUGAACCAAACCGAUCCAAGCCCGUAUCCAUCCCACAAAGCUUCUCUUCUUCAGAAAAGUAAGAAAGAGAACGAGAGUGAAAGAGCUUCUUCACCAAGCAAAUCACCAAAGAAGCAAGAAAGAGAAACUAAGCUUGAAAGGCAGAAGUCAUCUCAACAAAUCCAAACCAAAUCAAGCUUAGGUUAUAGUGUAGGCGACGAGGUCGGAGAAGGGGAAUAUCUGCGUACCUCUUUAUUGUGUGCUGUACCGACUGGGGUUGGAGAUGGAUUAUUGGAUGAUCCAGAGGACGAUGAUGUCGAGCCAGAUAUGAUUGCUGAUGACAGUGGCGAUGUUGUUGGAGCAAGUGAGCCUGCUGGGGCGGGCGGUGGUUCUAGCUCUGGCACGCAGCAGUACCCUCCACAUUUUUCCUCUUUGGACUUGGAUGCCAUGAGGCAGGAGGGGGUCCCUGGGCAGCCGACUGGAUUUGGCGCUAGAGAUGCUGAAGGGUCUGCAGGUCUGACAGAGUUUCAGGUUGGUCAGCAAUUUCCGGAUAAAGAAGAGGCCCUCUUAAGUGUCAAGACUUACUGCAUCCGUCGAGGGGUACAGUACAAGGUCGUGGAGUCUGACUAUUGCCGGUAUGUGGGCAAGUGUUCUGAGUUCGGCAAUGGGUUUACAUGGUUGAUUCGGCUUAGUCUCCGACAGCGAAAGGGAGUUUGGGAGGUCAAACGUUACAACGGACCGCAUACUUGUCUCACCACCUCCAUUUCCAGCGAUCACAGGAGUUUGGAUUACCAUGUGAUAUCAGCAUUCAUUAUGCCAAUGGUUAGGGCUGAUGCAUCCGUCAGCAUCAAGGUGCUCCUAAAUGCCACCGUCACACACUUUGGGUUUAGGCCGACUUACAGGAGGGUCUGGUUGGCGAAGCAGAAGGCUGUUGCCCUCAUCUAUGGUGACUGGGAUGAGUCGUACAAUGAGCUCCCAAGGUGGGUGUUAGGAGUCCAGUUGACGAUGGCUGGUACUGUUGCAUUCAUAAAGACGAGCCCUGUUCGUGUCGGUGGACAGUUAGACGAGUCUCGAGCUUAUUUUCACAGACUAUUCUGGACGUUUCCACCGUGUAUCGAGGCAUUCCGUCAUUGCAAGCCCCUAAUUAGUAUUGACGGCACCCAUCUGUAUGGCAAGUAUGGGGGAACGUUGCUUGUCGCGAUUGCACAGGACGGGAACUCCAACAUACUCCCUGUUGCAUUCGCAUUAGUCGAGGGUGAGAAUGCUGAGUCGCAUAACGGCAUCAAGGCCGCGCUUGAGGCUCCUGACGGAGGCUGGUUACCUCCGUCUGCAUACCGGGCAUUCUGCAUUCGACAUGUUGCGGCAAAUUUCGCCCUCACCUUCAAGGGCAAAGACACAAGGAGGCUACUUGUGAAUACGGCGUACGCUAAGACCGAGGUCGAGUUCCAUUACUGGUUUGAUAUUCUUAGGUCCGAAGACCCGGCGAUGUGUGACUGGGCGAACCGGAUUGAGUAUUCGUUGUGGACACAGCAUUGUGAUGAGGGGCGUAGAUUCGGACACAUGAUGACGAAUAUAUCUGAGUGUGUGAACUCGAUCCUCAAGGGUGUCAGAAACCUUCCUAUGUGCUCGCUAGUGAAGGCAACAUACGGAAGGUUGGCCGAAUUAUUUGUUCGCAAAGGGAGAGAGGCUGAGGCGCAGAUGGGAACCGGACAACAAUUUAGUCAGCACUUGGUGAAGUGUAUAGAGGCCAACUUGAAGACGGCUAGGUACUUCACGGUUACUGUGUACGACAGAGAUAACUUCGAGUUCACCGUUGCAGAGACAACUCCGACUGGUUCUUUCUCACUGGGUAGCUAUAAAGUCUCGCUUGCAUCUCAGACAUGUGACUGCGGAUACUUCCAGGCACUUCAUUUCCCGUGUCCCCAUGCACUGGCAUGCUGUGCCUACUCACGGCUUACAUGGGAGCCUUACGUCCACCAGGUGUAUCGUCUUAGUUCGGUCUUCAGUGUGUAUCGGAUGGGUUUCACACCUCCCAUUCCGGAGGGUUUCUGGCCACCAUAUGACAGGCCGACUGUCAUCCCUGACCCCAAUAAGAGGCGUGCGAGAGAGGGUCGUCCGAGGUCCACUCGGAUACGGACCAAUAUGGACGAGGCAGAUCCGAACCGGCCAAAGAGAUGUGGGCUUUGUCGGCAGCCCGGCCACACAAGUCGGAGUUGCCUACAGCUCGGAGGAGCAGAGCACACACGGGGGCAUGAUUAG